UCCGAUUUAAUCAAUGAUUUAUAGUCAUUUUGUACACCUGGUGAUAUAUAUAAAUUUAAAUAUACAUCGGUGACAGACAAAUAAAAAAAGCACAGAAGAACAAAUAUCUACUCCGCAUUAUCCUUCAAUUGGUUCAAAAUUACGAUACCACCUACGCCAUAGUAACCUUGGAUAAGUCAAUUGAACUACUUUUAAAAUCCUCUUCUUAGUAGACAAAAUAUCUCAUUUUUAAAUUAGUUCAUCUGUCACUAUUUCUUUUAACGGGGUUGAAGGGACUUUUGCGCCUUUCAUUUAACCAUGUUACGUAAUUUCAAAUCCCAGCGACUUAAUGAUACAUAUAUUUAAGCCUUGCCGAAGUGUCAGACCUAACCUCAAAUUGUUCAGUAGGUUUCAAGAAUGUAGACAAAUUAGUCUAGGAAAACCAAACAAAUGUAAGAAUAAUGGCAAAGAAACAGUACCUGAUGAUAUAAAACCAAAUAGCAAUGAAGCAGAACCAAAGAAAAGUAGUGAUAAUAAGAAGAAAGAGUAUCCUGAGGCACCAACUUCUUGUUGUAUGUCGGGUUGUGCCAAUUGUGUUUGGUUGGAGUACGCUGAGAAGCUGAGUGAAUAUUAUAAGGACGGAGGGGAACAAGCAAUUAAAGAAAUAAACGAAAAAGUUACAGAUCCAAAUAUGAAAGCCUUUUUGUUGUUCGAAUUAAGAAUGAGAAAUAUAAAGUAACAGUA